GGGCGAGCUGUCUGGUGGUUCGGUGUGAUUUGUUAGCCUUUUGCGGCAGCAUAUCCCUCUCACGAUUUCGACAUGCAAAAAAUAAAAUCUCUCAUGACCCGCCAGGGUCUGAAAAGCCCUCCGGAGAGCCUUGGUGAUCUUGGUGCCGUUGAGAGUCUCCGGGUCCCUGGAAAGGAGGAAUUCAGGGAACUUCGAGAACAGCCAUGUGACCCUCAAGCUGAACAAGAGCUUAUUAAUAGUAUUGAAGAAGUAUAUUUUUCUGCCGACUCAUUUGAUAUUGUUAAAUAUGAGCUGGAGAAGCUUCCACCUGUUCUCAAUUUGCAAGAAUUAGAGGAGUACAGAGACAAAUUGAAACAACAGCAAGCUGCAGUCUCUAAAAAAGUAGCAGAUUUAAUCCUUGAAAAACAGCCUGCUUAUGUAAAGGAACUUGAAAGAGUUACCUCAUUACAGACAGGUCUUCAAUUAGCUGCUGUUAUCUGCACAAAUGGGAGAAGACACUUGAAUAUUGCAAAGGAAGGUUUUACUCAAGCUAGUUUAGGCCUUCUUGCAAAUCAGAGGAAACGUCAGUUGCUGAUUGGACUUCUGAAAUCUCUGAGGACUAUAAAAACAUUGCAAAGAACAGAUGUACGGUUAAGUGAAAUGCUAGAGGAGGAAGACUAUCCAGGAGCUAUUCAGUUGUGCCUGGAAUGUCAGAAAGCUGCCAGUACUUUUAAACAUUACAGUUGUAUAAGUGAACUGAAUUCAAAGCUGCAAGAUACUUUAGAACAAAUUGAGGAACAGCUGGAUGUAGCUCUUUCCAAAAUCUGCAAGAAUUUUGACAUUAACCAUUAUACAAAAGUUCAACAAGCUUAUCGACUUCUUGGAAAAACACAGACAGCAAUGGAUCAACUGCACAUGCACUUCACCCAAGCCAUCCACAAUACUGUGUUUCAAGUUGUUCUUGGUUAUGUGGAACUAUGUGCUGGAAACACAGACACAAAAUUCCAAAAGCUGCAAUAUAAAGAUCUCUGUACACAUGUUACACCAGACAGCUAUAUUCCAUGCCUUGCGGACCUGUGCAAAGCACUGUGGGAGGUUAUGCUCAGCUAUUACAGGACUAUGGAAUGGCAUGAAAAGCAUGACAAUGAGGAUACUGCUUCAGCUUCUGAAGGAAGUAGUAUGAUGGGUACUGAAGAAACCAAUUUUGAUCGUGGCUAUGUAAAAAAGAAGUUAGAGCAUGGACUUACACGAAUAUGGACACGGCUCGAUGAACUGAGAAUGUUCUUAGAGAAUGAGACUUGGGAACUUUGUCCUGUUAAGUCAAAUUUCAGCAUCUUGCAACUUCAUGAAUUUAAAUUCAUGGAACAAUCUCGUUCUCCAUCCGUUUCACCUAGUAAGCAGCCGGUCUCAACUUCUUCAAAAACAGUAACCUUGUUUGAGCAAUAUUGUAGUGGUGGGAAUCCAUUUGAAAUUCAGGCCAACCACAAAGAUGAAGAAACAGAAGAUGUGUUGGCUUCUAAUGGGGAAACAUGUGUUUCUCGAGAAACCCUAAAAAGUAGGAAGAAAUCAGAUUACAGUCUAAAUAAAGUGAAUGCACCUAUUUUAACAAAUACAACAUUGAAUGUAAUAAGACUUGUUGGUGUUAGUGGGACCUGUGAAUGCAGCCAGUUGGAAUCAACAGGACUUGGCCUUAGUAGUAGUAGACUAAGAACAACUCUAAAUAGAAUACAAGAAAGCCUUAUUGAUCUGGAAGUUUCAGCUGAUCCUACUGCCACACUCACAGCAGCAGAAGAAAGAAAGGAGAAGGUACCGAGCCCACACCUCAGUCACCUGGUGGUUUUGACAUCUGGCGAUACGUUGUAUGGGUUAGCGGAAAGAGUGGUAGCCACGGAAUCCUUGGUAUUCUUGGCUGAACAAUUUGAGUUCCUUCAGCCGCAUCUGGAUGCUGUGAUGCCUGCAGUUAAAAAGCCCUUUCUUCAGCAGUUUUAUUCUCAGACAGUUUCAACUGCCAGUGAACUACGCAAACCAAUUUACUGGAUUGUAGCUGGUAAAGCCAUUGAUUAUGAACAGAUGCUGCUCCUAAUGGCUACUGUGAAAUGGGAUGUAAAAGAAAUUAUGUCACAGCACAACAUAUAUGUAGAUGCAUUGUUGAAGGAAUUUGAGCAGUUUAACAGGAGGCUAAGUGAAGUUUCUAAGAGAGUUCGGAUACCCUUGCCUGUGUCUAAUAUACUUUGGGAACAUUGUAUUCGACUGGCUAAUAGAACUAUUGUGGAAGGAUAUGCCAAUGUCAAGAAGUGCAGUAAUGAGGGUCGUGCCUUGAUGCAAUUGGAUUUUCAACAGUUUUUAAUGAAACUUGAAAAACUAACAGAUAUUCGACCCAUUCCUGAUAAAGAAUUUGUGGAAACCUAUAUUAAAGCCUACUACCUAACGGAGAAUGACAUGGAACGCUGGAUCAAAGAGCACAGGGAAUAUUCAACGAAGCAGCUGACGAAUCUGGUGAAUGUUUGCCUGGGAUCCCAUAUUAAUAAGAAAGCAAGACAAAAACUUCUAGCAGCUAUAGAUGAUAUAGACAGACCUAAAAGAUAAAGAACACAACUCUUUUUCCUCAAUGGCGUUGAUCUUCUCUCAACAUAUAUGACGUGAAAGCCAAUUUUUUGUGCACUCCUGACAGCUAUCUACUAAGAAGACUUUGUGCAUGUUCUUUUCAACUGGAAAGUGGAAAACAUCAAAGUGUGUGUGUGGUGUUCUCAGAUGACUUUUAUAUGCUCUGGUCUCUUCAACUGUUGGUCUUGUUUGUUGUAAUCCCUUCUUGAAAUAUUGGCUUGUCAUAACUACGGUUAUAUGACUACAAUUAUACAUUUUACAGAAGAAUGUACCAUAAGUACAUAAUUAGAAGAAACAGUGGCUUAAUAUAUCUGUGGGCAGUUUUUGGAGAAUGAGUUUAUGUUGGCAUUUUUCUACCCUCUGAACUUGGUUCUUAAUAAGCAUAUUAUGGGAGGGUUGAUGUACAGUAUCUCCUAAUUAUGAGCACUGCAUGAGAAUUAAAAAGUAUAUGUAGGUAAAAUAGUUGAAAAAUCAGUAUGUUCUCUGUGUUUUUAAAUGUGAAGGUUUAUGUCAGGUUAAUUUAAUUAUAACAAAGUGAUCAUAAAUGAUGAAAUUUAAUAAAUAUUAUACUCUAAUAUGAUUAGCCUA